AUGGACUGCUAUACACAGAGUGGACCGCCCUACAACGGGACUCUGAAUCAUACGGCAGCUGGCGAACCCUGUCUGCCGUGGAGUGAAUUUACCCACCUACAUCUACGAAGCAGUUGGAAUGCCUCGGUGCUGCAGGAGCAGUCAAACUACUGUCGAAAUCCGGAUGAUGAUCCACGGGGUCCUUGGUGUAUGGUUACGAGGGCAAAGUAUGGAACUUGUGCAGUUCCACAUUGUGAGCACCUUAUUGAUUGCUACGAGGGUGUUGGCGAGGAUUAUCUUGGAGAUGCCAAUAUUGCCGAGGGUGGUCAAAUAUGUGUUCCAUGGGUAGACGUAAUCCGCGUAAGUGUCUUGAAGCCAGGAACUCCGUAUUUGGUGAUUGUGAAUUACACUUCACCAACAAAUCGAACUCCAGUCUCCAGCUUCGCUUUGAGCGUUGUCAACUUUCGAAGUUGUCGCAACCCGGAGGGUCGAAUGGCCAAGCCAUGGUGCUACGUGUCCACGGUUUCGUACACGGGCAACUCGAUAAAUACGUACCACACCACAGUAGGAUAUCGCAGAGCACCAUGCAAAGUGGACAUGUGUGAUCACUCAAGUCACAUAGGGCUGCCCCUGGAUUUUGGAGAUGAAUGUCCACCGGGCUUCCUGACUCAAGUGGGGAAGACCACCUCUCCACAGGGUGAAAUUUCAACAGUCUACUGUGUACUCUCCGCUAAGGGACUGCGAAAUACGGAGAAAGGUCGUUUCAGGAGUUUCUGUAUGUUUCUACUUAAUCAGAACCGCGAGACCUGUCCUAAAGGCUUCGAUAUGAAAAGGACCUUCAUGCGUACCAAACUGAAAGCCAAGGGAAAAUUCAGCAUGUUUCGUCAAGAGGGCUUCACAUCUAUUUGGCUCUCUCUUUGCUGCACCAAUGGCUCCCAUGCUGAACUUCGAACCAAGUUUCCACGAUCCAGUGUGGCCUACAAAUCUACACACCCUCGAUCGAAUCCCCUGGCACCCUGGAUCCAUGGGGAGUCGCAUGGAUCACUUUCACAACCCAUUGAGGAUUCGAUGCUUAACGACAGUCCAACGACUCCGGUGUCCAGAGACACACCACUUUUCUUCUCUAUUGAACGCUGUCCACCGGUGAAUGGAACGCGUCGAAAGAUCUUUACCAUGGGCACGUAUAGACCGUCCAAUCUAACGGCUACGCUUUUGGACUAUGGGUACUACACCUUGAUGUGCGCGUACUAUGAGUAUGAGGAACCACCGCCACCACCAUCAACCCAGCCCAACAAAACACUAAUUCCAAGCAUUCUGGUGGAGGGCAAGACCUGUCCACCUCACUUCUCUCCGGCACCCAAUACCAAAGCCCAUCACAUGUUCUACUACCUUCGUGCGGCUUUCAUCCUCUGCAAACCCGACGGCAUUUACCGUCAUGACGCCAUUGACAAGCUUUUGCCCGAUGGAAAUCAGUGCUUCAUCUCCCACACCCCUCGUGAGUUGGUGAGUCGUGGUGAGGGGAAUAAUGAAGAGGAGCUAGAUGGAACGGCGGAUGAUGAGGAGGAGCAGGAGGGGGAAGACAGUUAUGGAACUCCAUUGAAGAGAUAUUACUGUCCUUCAGGUUACGAUAAGACUGAAUUGCGUUGGGCCGGCGGUAAUGCAUCAGCCCACGACUUCGAAUCGGUAACUAUAUACUUCUGCUGUCGUCGGGGUGCCACUUUAGCCAGCAAUGGAUCACCGAUUUCAUCAGCAACAGAUAGGACAGAUAGCUCCAGCGGUCCCACUCCGACCUUCCCUCUCCCCUACUACCUCCGAUCCGUGCCAACUUUUGCCAUUUUAAUCCUUAGCGGAAGCUGCCCAGAUUACUCUGAUCGAGGAACUAAACUAACUGCGGAUUUUAGACCAACAAUGCAGUCUGAGUCCUACUUGACGCUGGAGUUGAUUGGUCAGAACAAUCCAGUCGACUUUGUAGAAUCCAUGAGCGGGGUGCGAGGAGUCUUAGCCCUCUGCAAGUAUUCUCAACCCCGAGACGAAAUUGGGAUUCUUGCUCCACAAGGCUUCUGUCGAGGGGUAGGUGAACGUCCCGUUCCAACCGUUCAUACCUUGCACGAUGCUGGGACCACCUGUGCUGUCAAUGUCACUAACAUCGUCUUCCCUACUGGAUCCUAUUGUUUCUACAGAACUGCGAAAGUCUGUCCACCCGGUCUUCCUGAACUGCAGACCAGCGUUUUCGAAGGACUAGUUCGCUCCUUUCUCCUCCAAACGAUGUUUCUGCCCUCGCCGGCCUUAAACGACGAAAAGGAGCUCUGCUGUCAGUCAGAGGAGUCGCUGGGUGCCAUUGAACUGCCGCUCAACAUAACGGCAUCGUUUGCAUUGCCUGCACUACAGGCAUCCUGCCAGAGCUUUGUCGGGUUCACAGUGGAUCAGACCAAGGGAUUCUGUGAGUAUACGCCUAUCACAGAACAACCGGAGUCAAUUGUGGUCUGGCCUCGUCGCGUUUUUCCCAGUAAUCUUCGUGGUAAAACAGAAAUCGUUCUCACCUGUAGUGACAACUGGGCCCUCAACUCGGUUUCUCGAGCUCGCAACUUCAUGAUGCGCCAUCGAAGGCUGUGGCUGAUCCCAACACCGAUGCAAGAUUUCUCAUCCAACGACGCGAUGGAACUUUGCUAUAACGAGGUGCGCGGAACUGAAGUGCCUACAAGAACGGAGCACGGCUACUUAAACUACUGUCUCGUAGUAUUUGCAACAUGUCCUAAUGAAGAUUUCGAGGUGGUGUCCGCAUUCCCCUACCAGCAAUACAUCGUCUGCUGUGUCAAACAACCUUCCCACCUCCAGAACACGCCGACAACAUUCCAGCGUGUUUCAACUUGGCCAGAGCACGUGCGUGCUAUUGUCACCCUCGGUCGUAAAAGUGCAGGUGAUGAGGAAAAGGUUAAGGAUUUAGCUGCGCCUACAGAACUGCAUCGGGACUUGAAACAACCCGAAACAGACGAGGGAUGUCCUGAAUUUCAGCAGUACUCACUCAUUCGACGAUUUGUCAAAAUGUGGCGACCUAAACGCUACAAGACGCUGAUUGCAAGGCCCUCGAUCCAUCACCUUUUGAAUGUCACUGCAGGCAUGAAUGACAGUAAGGAAGCGUUUGGAAGGAGAACGGGAAUGUGGUUGCAGGAUGGCUUACUGCAUGCCAUUUUCUGUGAAUAUCAGACGAACAGACCGGCAGAACCGAACACUGGUGUUUCCUGGCCAAUUGAUAACUAUGCCAUUCCGCAGCCAGUAACCGGAUGUCCACCGGACUUCACCUCAACCACCUUCAUCCACCUUCAAGGUCGUAAUGGUUUCCACUAUUCACAGCCCAUUCAUCUGGCAGGUGACUUCAUCGCACAUUCCCGCGCAGUAAAAUUGAGCUACUGUCACCGAGAAAUUGAAACCUCACCAUCUCAAUGGAAUAAGAAACACACCACUUCUCUGCCACCGGGACACUACUGCGUCCUUCUCGUCGGCAGACGAUGUCCAGCCGGAUUCACUGCUGGAAGCCUCUCCGUCUUUGAAGGUCUCCUCAAACCCAACGAAACCGAAGAAGGCGUGGAUCCUGCAACUAUAGACAUCUCUGACCUACCGAUGGGUGCUGAGGUAUCGACACACAAUGCGCCACGCAUAUUUCGUGAUAAGGUAGAGAAAGCCGACACCGGUUUGUCCUUCGAUCGUGUCACCUACAUGUUCUGCUGUCGUGCAGAUUCACCUUCAGCAUUAAUUCCUAUCACGGGGUUCCCGAAUGACACCGGACCGUUCUAUCUAUACAGAGCUGGAGAGACGUGUCAGGAGAUAGCUGGACUGCGUGCAACCGAGGAGUAUAUAUGCAUGGAUGCACCCGAGUUUCUUGUAGGCACUGUCCACUCCUACGCCUUCCAAAUGGAGGUUGUGGACAAGACGUAUCACAUUGAGGGCUUCACACCAACCCUCUCCAUGUCUACUGAUCAUUGCAACGUGAAGAUAAACCUUUGCUACUACGAAUCAACCGUUCCUGAAUCUAAACCUACACCAGAGGUGGAACAGAAUAACGGAACAGCCUGGCCAGCGGGUUCGUAUUCACUUCUCACGACAAUACGCGAGGAUGGCAGGCUCGCCUGUCCCCCAGGAUUCAAUUUGGCCAUUCGCUACAACAUUCGAUCGGACGUGAUCGCCAAUACUUUCUUCCGUCCGAUGUCAUUUGCUGAGUACUUCACGCAAAAACCGUCAGCUACCGAUGAGGUCUUCGGUCUAGGCAAUGAGACAUCAAUGCCGACGUUACAUACGUGUGAACGCAAUGCCAGUGAUGUGCCCGAAGCGUACAAUCUCACGUCUUUCCCCGAUUGGCCACCUGGCAACUACUGUGUUCUCAUGGAUUUACACAAAAGAACCUGCCCACAAGGACUGCACCGUUUCACACGCCAGCUGGCUGAGCUGUGCUGUCACAUGGCAAGCAGCGCUCCUACCUUCCCAGUGAAAUUGCCCUUCAUUGGCGACUUCUUCCUCAUGGGAGCUUUUGACGAACCUGAGCUUGCCUGUUUGCCCAUUGAGAAUACACACGCCGAAAAAUACGUUAUUCUGUUGUUUUCUUCAGUGGAUCCUCACAUCCAUAGUUUGUGUCACUAUUUGCCACUUGAAUGGCUCGAAACUCGUAGAAGCUGGCCUCCUGGUGACUACCUCCUGCCUAUUGGAAAACGCGGUCAGUCCAUUCACGCACUUAAUGCCAACGAUUCCGAGCUCUCAUCCACACCUUUCAAGUUCGCCUGUCCUGUUGGCUUUCAUCGUAUCCUUCACGAAUACUCCACCCACGAGGAGGAAUUUGACAUUGAAAGUGGCGGAGAAUCGGCUUCGGGUUCGACAGUCAUGCUCCACUUCUGCCAACGCAAUAAUAAAUCAUCUAGUGAAACAAUUAUCUCCUGGCCUAAGGGGGACUACUGUGUAAUUGUGAAUGGCGCCAUCUGUCCUCCUGAAAUGCACGCAUCUAACGAGCUGGUAAUGCGAAUACCACGUAGCUACCUGCGUGCGAUUCACAACGCCACCGAUUAUGGCGAGAUAAUUGAGGGACAGUCAAUCACCAUGCCCAGUGACUCGCGUUCUGUCACAUACUACUCAGUCUGCUGCCGUGAGGAUAAACAGCUGUUGGUGGAUUUGCCCGGCUUUUCUGGGGGCAUGUAUCUUCCUGCUGGAUCCAGCCUAUGCUCCAGUAUUCCAGGCACCUUUAUCGAACAUGAACAGGUGACGACGUAUCUGGAUCCAACUCUGCUGGAUCCUUACCUAGUUGAGGGAUCCGAUGAUGAGGAAGGCAUCCAACGGCGACAGCGGCAGCGCCAGCGUCAGCGGUGGAUGCCACCGCCUUUUGAAGAGCCAGGAGUAAUGACACUGUGCUACUAUCACCAAAUGCAGAAGGUUGUAACUUCAAAUUCUUCUACUGAAGACCGUGACAUGCUGCAUGAAUUGCUUGAACCGGGCAGCACUGCGCUCUCGUUGUGGUUGGCUGGUGAAUGUGGUUGCGCCGAGAACGCUAUUUGCCGACCUUUCAAACGGUUUUCAUGCAAAUGUAAGAAGGGUUACUUUGGCGACGGUGUUCGCGUCUGUCGGCAGAUUACUCCGCUCACUGAUUACUGCGCCAACCUCUGCCAUGUACACGCCGAGUGCAAGACACGCAGGAAGCACUCGUUCAUAAGCAGAACAAAGGAGGAAACGGCAUGCGUCUGUGAACCGGGAUUCGUCGGAGAUGGCUUUAGUUGCCUUCCUCAGUGCAGUGCACACACCUGUCAACCUUUCAGCAGAUGCAAAAUCAGGAAAGGCGUUCCCACCUGUAUUUGUGUCCCCGGUACGAUUGAAGAUGGCGAGAAGUGUCACUUUGACAUCUACUCGAGUCUUCAAGCGGAGAAGGAUCUGCCACAAUACAUGUUGCAGCAUCUUGGCUGUUUCAAUGAUGAGGUCUUCAAAUCCCUGGUUUUACAACAGCCAAAGAGGUUCUUUAUUCUCUUUGCACCACCAGAGCUGCUUAAAACAUGCGACGAAAUCUCCUCACAUAUCGUUAUGCUGUGGAGUGAAGGAGAGUACCGUAAAUUCAUCGACUCACCGAUCUCUCACCUCAUCAGUCUCAACGGAACUCUUAUUACUGUUAACAAUACGGAGACGCUGCUAGUGAACGAUAUGGAGGUGGAGGAGAAACCGAUUCUCUUCACAAAUGGCCGAAUAUACUAUACCAGUGCAACAUUUAAGUACAUUCCAGCACCACAUCCAAAGGUUGUCAGCGUAACGGCAAUCGUAGUUUCACUUCUCCUAAUCCUCCUGAUUCUGCUUCUCAUUGGAAUUGUCUUCCUCCGACGUCGCAGACCCGACCUCGCUCUUUUCAGUCUACGACGGCCUCAUUUCCGUCAGAUAGCAGAGAGACCGCAGGCAAGUUGGCGCGGCUCAAAGGGUGUCCUACUGGCCUCUGAUGAUACCGCGGAAUGA